GCUGUCGUGUUUUUGUGAGGAUCUCUGUGGUGGUUCGUAACAAGCGGAAUCAGAGUGAGAGAUCACGGAGCUCGAAGGAGCAACGAUCCCGAAAAUAUUUUUGGAAAACCGUUUGGAAAUAAACCUUUUAGUCCUUCUCAGUGCUUCCCAGCUGGAUCAGGUGAUCUGGGUGGUUGAAGAAGAUCCUGUCAAUCAUCGGGGUGUAGAUCAAAGGCAUCAGGAUAAAGACCAGCGGCUCAGAGACUACAUUUCCCAUGGAGCCUUGCACUCUGCUGCUCUCUACUGUUCCAUGGAGCCUCCAGUCAGGGUUUUGGACCCACAGAACCAGUGAGACCCGGUAGGACCUGCUGUGUUGAUUCCUUGACCUCCUCCGACCUUCUCUGCUUCGCCCGCUGCGACUGAAGUCCGAUCGGAUCGGAUUCCCUCCUCCCUCUGGAGCCCGAGCUGCCGCGUGGACUGCCUUGUUCUGGACCUGGUUCUGGCUGCAGGAUGGCGGUUGGGUCCAGUUUGGCUGUGGUGCUGGCUGCUCUCCUGCUGGCUGGAAGUGACGUUGCAGGUCAGAACCCGGACGACUUCCUGCAGGGGAACGGUGUGAAUUCCGAGGCCCGGCGUCCAGGAGAGGACUCCACCAUCGCUCCUGAGGACCGGGACCGCUUCCUCAGCUGCUACUGCUCUGGACACUGUCCUGAUGACGCCAUCAACAACACCUGCCAGACCAACGGUCAGUGCUUCGCCAUCAUCGAGGAGGACGAGCACGGAGAGGCUCAGCUGACCUCCGGCUGCAUGAAGUAUGAAGGCUACCACUUCCAGUGUAAGGACUCCCCCAACGCUCAGACCAGGAGGACGAUCGAGUGCUGCAACAGCAACUUCUGCAACGAGAACCUGAGGCCCACGCUGCCGCCGCAGGUUCCCAUGGAGAUCAGCUCUCAUUGGCUGGCCUUCAUCAUCUCCAUGACGGUCUGCUGCUGCACUCUGAUCUGCCUCACCAUCGUCUUCUACUACAGGUACAAGUGGCAGACGGAGCGGGAUCGCUACCCCAAAGACCUGGAGCAGGAAGUCUUCAUCCGCGGAGGAGAGUCCCUCAAAGACCUCAUCCACCAAUCACAGAGCUCCGGCAGCGGCUCAGGGCUCCCCCUGCUGGUCCAGCGGACCAUCGCCAAGCAGAUCCAGAUGGUGCGUCAGAUCGGGAAAGGCCGCUACGGCGAGGUGUGGCUCGGCCGCUGGAGGGGAGAAAAGGUGGCCGUCAAGGUGUUCUUCACCCGCGAGGAGGCCAGCUGGUUCAGAGAGACGGAGAUCUACCAGACGGUCCUGAUGAGGCACGAGAACAUCCUCGGCUUCAUCGCUGCAGACAUCAAAGGUUCUGGUUCCUUCACGCAGCUCUUCCUCAUCACCGACUACCACGAGAACGGCUCUCUGUACGACUUCCUGAAGGUGAACACGCUGGACGCCGCGGCGCUGCUGCGCCUGGCCUACUCCGCCGCCUGCGGCCUCUGCCACCUGCACACGGAGAUCUACGGCACGCAGGGCAAGCCCGCCAUCGCCCACCGAGACCUGAAGAGCAAGAACAUCCUGGUGAAGAAGAACGGCACCUGCUGCAUCGCCGACCUGGGCCUCGCCGUCAAGUUCAACAGCGACACCAGUGAGAUGGAUAUCCCUCUGAGCAGCCGGGUGGGGACCAGGCGCUACAUGGCUCCAGAGGUUCUGGACGAGAGCAUCAACAAGAACCACUUCCAGGCGUACAUCAUGGCCGACAUGUACAGCUACGGCCUGGUGGUCUGGGAGAUGACCAGACGCUGCGUCACCGGAGGCAUAGUGGAGGACUACCAGCUGCCGUACUUCAACAUGGUGACCUCUGAACCCUCCUAUGAGGACAUGCUGGAGGUGGUGUGUGUUAAAGGACUGCGGCCCACGGUGUCCAACCGCUGGAACAGCGACGAGUGCCUUCGAGCCAUGCUGAAGCUGAUGUCAGAGUGCUGGGCCCAGAACCCCGCCUCCCGCCUCACCAUCCUCAGAGUGAAGAAGACGCUCGCCAAGAUGGUGGAGUCCCAGGACAUGAAGAUCUGAAGAAGAUCCUCCUCCUCCUCUUCCUCCCUCCGGAUUCACCCGACUCACUCCACCUGGACCGGAUCAGACCGGACUGAACCGCUUCUCCCAGGCUGCCUGCUGCACAUGGAGGAGGAAGAGGAGGAGAAACUGGGAGGAUCUUCCUCACAGCAGAACUGUCCUCCUCCUCCUCUUCCUCCUCCUGGUUCUUCAUCCAGAGGCGGCGGAGCUCGACGCUUUCUGUGAAAGCCAAACUAGCCGCUGAGCGGAGAGAAGCAGGCCAGUUUCUUUCUUCUUCUUCUUCUUCUCCUCUCCAGGACGGAGCUCUUCCUCCACGUCUUCCAGAAGCUUCUCCCUGAACUGCAGAAGCUCCUCUGAUCAUCUGAGAACUGAGAGCUUCACCUGGAGCUCAGUGGAGUCCAGGAGACGCCUGCCGUCCUCUUCCUGUCCGUCUACUUCCUGUCCGUCUGUCUCAGUCAGAUCCGGUGGUCUUUUAAGGGGGCGGGGCUAUACGUGAGGCUCCACCCGUUUUCUGCUGAAAGCAGGAAGUGACAUGAGUUUAAGAACAAUGUGAGCAAAGAAUCCUGCAGGUUAGCAUCACAACGUGUGAUGGACUGAAUCCGCAGCAGAACCUGGAGUUCUGAUGAAGACGUCAGGAAUGUUGGAUCCUUCAUCCUGGUUCAGAACGGCGACGCCAUGUUUGACAGAGAAAAUCAAAACACUCCAGAAGGUUUCAGCUUGAUGCUCUGAUCAGAAAACAAACUGAAGCGGUUCUGAUCUGCUGCAACUCGGCUAACGGUUUCCCUCCACUUCCAGUCUUUGUGCUAAGCUAAGCUAACAGCUCCCUGAAGCUGAAAAGGUGGGACUGUUCCUUUAAACGGGACGCCGCGCACGCCGCGGCUCUGCGCGCACGUUUCCUGUGUCCAAAUAAAAGGCCAGAAGAGGAAGAAGUUCUGAUGUGGAAACGUUCAUGUCGUUCUCAUGUUGGACGGCUUCUGGUUUAAAAAGAAAAUAAAAACUGUUCAUUCUGUCCAAGUAGCAGUUUGGAAGUAAAGAAGCUUCUUUUAGUCAAA